CUCCCACCCCCCCCGCCCACCAUGACCUCCCCCACCGUCCUCAUCAUCGGCUGCCAGGGCGCCCUUGGCAAGGCCUGCGUCGAGACCUUCCAGACCGCUGGCUACGACAUCACCCAGGUCAGCCGCGCCGAGACGGCCUCCGUCGAUGGCAAGCACAUCAUCGUGGCCUCGGCCGCCACCAACUCCGUGGAGGCCAUGCUCGAGGCCAUCCCGGCCGCCUUCCGCGAGAAGGACCUCUACGACGUGAUCAUCUGCCCGGCCGGCGGCUGGGUCGGCGGCUCGGUGGCUGACCCGGUGGCUUUCGCCAAGGGCGUCGAUGCCUCUGUCAGCCAGAGCAUCGUCAGCAGUGCCGUGGCCGCCGCCAUCGCCGGCAGCAGCCUGAAGGCCAACGGUAUCCUUGCCCUGGUGGGCUCUGCUGGUGCCCUUGGGCCGACUGCCGGCUUCAUGGGUUACGGUCUUGCCAAGGCCGCCGUCCACCACCUGGUGACUUCCCUCGGCCAGGCUGACUCUGGCAUGCCUGCCGACUCCAUUGCCGUGGGCUUCCUCCCCAACACCCUCGACACCCCUAGCAACCGCAGCUGGGCCGCCGCCGACACCGACUUCUCCUCCUGGAACCCGAUCACCGUCAUCCCCGAGGCGGUUAUCGCCUGGGCCAAGGGCACCGAGGAGCGCCCCGCCAGCGGCGCCAUCUUCAACGUCAAGACCGUCGCCGGCAAGACCAGCUUCGUCAAGCUCUGAGCCACUUGGACUGGUGUGCCUCUGGCGCCCCCCCCCUCCCCCUCCCUGCGCGCUCUCACCUCGAUGUACAAUAUACACCGUCCACAUGCACA